AUGUCGGCGGACGCUGCCGAGUCCGACAGCGAGCUGCAGGCCCGUAGCCAGCAGAGUCCUCUGGCCAGACAGCGAGCCAACGCAGAGAACCCUCGCCGGAGUCGAUUUGAGAACCUGUUUCCUCUUGGGUAUAAAGAAGGCUUCAGUCAGUGGUGGAGCAAUCUUCCCGCGGCCCAGGCGGAACACAAGGUGCUGUCCUUCAUACCCUACCUACAAACGCCGCCUACACACACCCAGACGGGGUCUGAACCUCCCUCGCAAAACCCUUCGACCUUGUCUGUAGUCGACACAUCCCCCUCUGCGAAAGCAGCGCCCAUCACAACAAACUCCAUCACAGACCCCUAUGGCCCGCGGACCUGGCAUUCGCGCAUGGUCACUUUGUCUGGCAAGAACAGAGCUCUGAAUGAGUUCUCCGUGGAACGGACGGGAGAAGAGGCUGACCAAAACUUGGUUAUCUUGCACGGCUAUGGAGCAGGGCUGGGGUUCUUCUACAAGAACUUUGAAGCUCUAUCCAGGGCCAAGGGGUGGCAAUUAUACGCCCUAGAUAUGCUGGGCAUGGGCCGCUCGUCUAGGCCGCCAUUCAAGAUCAAGGCCAAGGCGCGCGAGGAACAGAUAAGAGAGGCAGAGAAUUGGUUUAUCGAUUCGCUGGAAGAGUGGCGCGUCAAACGAAACAUCGACAAAAUGACUCUGGUUGGCCAUUCGAUGGGUGGCUACAUGGCCGUAUGUUAUGCGCUGAAGUAUCCGGGACGACUGAACAAACUUAUCCUUGCGUCGCCUGUUGGUAUCCCGGAGGAUCCCUAUGCCACCCAUGCCGCAAUGCCCGAGCCGCCCGAGUCGACCUUUCAGAGUGAAUUUACCCAAGACCAGCAGACCGAAAGCACGGCACACAAAGACAAUAAUAACUUCCUGAAUGCUCGUCAAAAAGCAGAGCAGGCCCAACAGAAUCCCAACCCCAAUCGUCUUCCGGCAGAUCAGACAGGAGCAUCUACUCCACCCAAACGGCCAUAUCCCCGGUGGCUGACCUAUUUAUGGGACGCAAAUAUCUCGCCCUUCAGUUUCGUUCGGUGGACUGGUCCUUUCGGACCACGAUUGGUUUCAGGCUGGACGAGUAGACGCUUCUCUCAUCUUCCCUAUGAAGAGGCACUUGCGCUGCACGACUACAGCUAUAGCUUGUUUAGGCUUCGGGGCAGCGGAGAGUACGCUUUGGCUUACAUUCUGGCUCCUGGUGCUUUUGCCAGAAGUCCAUUGAUUCGACGGAUUCAUGGCGUCGGUCGGCAGCCGCUUCCAAGUAGUGAGCCUUCAGCAGAACCAGCCUUCGAGAAGGGUCUACCAGUUGUGCUGAUGUAUGGCGAAAACGACUGGAUGGAUGUCAAGGGCGGAUAUGCAGCAAAGAAAAAGAUCGACGCCGAACGUGAGCGAGCCCUGAAAGGGAAGUCAAAAGCCGAAGUAGCUGAAGACCAGGGCGCUGCCAAGGUGGUCAUCAUCAAGAAAGCUGGUCAUCAUGUCUACCUGGAUAGCCCAGAGGAAUUCAAUGAUGUCAUGCUCGCUGAGAUGGAGGAUGUGAGGAAACGCAGCCAAGGACUGAAAUAG